CUAUGAUUUUGGUUUGGGUGGGAAGAUUGGUUUGAAUUCCUGAGUUUAAAUUUAUUUUAUCCAUUUUAUUAAAUUAACAAUUAAACAAGUUAGCAUGAAAGAAUUAAGGAAAUCGCACUUUAUAUUGCUGUAAUCAUGAUUUCCCAUUGGGCUGGGGAGGUGGCACAGCAGGAUUAUAUAGUUGCUUUACUUGUGUUCUAACCAGCUUCCAACUAGGAAAAAAGAGAAUUAGUUCCUUGUUUUGAGGGUGAGGCCAUACCAGACCAGAAGUUUGCAGUACAAUAAUUCCUAUUUUUUAAUCAAUGUAUUUGACAUGGCUCAAAUUUUGUCCUCCUCAACCUAGGGUUUAACCUUCUUUGCUACAUAUUUCUCUACUAUAAAUACUUUUCUUGAGAUCAAACUGCCUCUUGGUCUUUUUCUUCUUCCCCACAACUUGAAAUUCCAACUGAAAGUGGUAGGUUAUUCCAAUAUUUUUAUUUAUUUUUUACUAUAAUUUUGGUGAUUUUAUUUUGGGGCUUUAGUAUGUUAAAGUUAAUAGGGCAAGACAAUUUUCUAAUCUAUAACCUUUCUGAUUUCCUACUUAGUUUCCAGUUGGUGAGUUUGUUUUGGGGAAUAAGUUUAGAGAUGGGAAUAAGUUUAUUAUGCUUGUGAUUUAAUUAAGGGGCCUUUUUCUGCUGUCCUAUUUUCUAAUUUUGGUGAUUUUGUUUUGGGGUUUUAGUAUGUUAAAGUUUAUUAUGCUUGUGAUUUAAUUAUUUUCUUUGUACACUUGCUGAUUUGUGAUCUUUAAUAUGAAGUUCAACUUCCCGGGACUACUCAGGAUCAUCUUCAGAUAUUUAAUGUUGAAUCAAAAGCAAAGAUAAAGUCCUAUCAAAUGCCUGAGAUGGUAUGUGACGUUUUGGUUUUUUAUUGGGCAUAUUUGAGUCAUGUUGUUGGUUGUUAACUUUAUUGAUAUGGAGAUGCUAUAAUAGUUUACUAUUCCUUUCUUUAGGUUGUAUCUGGAAAUGGAUUACGCCCAUGAUGUUAGGCAUGGUUAAAGGAAAUAUGCAGCUGUUUUCAGUGGAUCAGCAGCGUAGUCAAGCUCUUGAAGUUCAUGCAGCUUCAUUUGCUCAAUUCAAGGUUCCUGGAAACGAAAAUCCUUCACCUCUUAUUUCCUUUGCCAGCAAGACAUCUAAUGCUGGACAGGUUACUUCAAAGUUGCAUGUCAUUGAACUUGGUGCCCAGCCUGGUAAGCUUCCUUUGCAGCUUUGCAUCACUUUAUCACCUUCCUUUCUUAUGCUGACAGUCAUUACUUCUUGAGAGUUGUACAUC